UUGAGCCCUGAGGCCUGGCUGGCCCCUGGGCGCAGGCCCAGCUCCAGCCCUCAGGGAUGGAGCUCGUGGACCCCGACAUCUUUAACAGGGACCCUCGGGACCACUAUGACCUGCUGCAGCGGCUGGGUGGAGGCACCUAUGGGGAAGUCUUCAAGGCUCGAGACAAGGUGACCGGAGACCUGGUGGCACUGAAGAUGGUGAAGAUGGAACCUGAUGAUGAUGUUUCCACACUUCAGAAGGAAAUUCUCAUCUUGAAAACUUGCCGGCAUGCCAACAUCGUGGCCUACCACGGGAGUUAUCUCUGGCUGCAGAAGUUCUGGAUCUGCAUGGAAUUCUGUGGGGCUGGUUCUCUCCAGGACAUCUACCAAGUGACUGGCACCUUGUCUGAACUCCAGAUUGGCUAUGUCUGCCGGGAAGUGCUCCAGGGACUGGCCUAUCUGCACUUACAGAAGAAGAUACACCGGGACAUCAAGGGAGCCAACAUCCUCAUCAACGAUGCUGGGGAGGUCAGAUUGGCUGACUUUGGCAUCUCGGCCCAGAUUGGGGCCACGCUGGCUCGACGCCUCUCCUUCAUCGGGACACCCUACUGGAUGGCUCCAGAAGUGGCAGCUGUGGCCCUGAAGGGGGGCUACAAUGAGCUGUGUGACAUCUGGUCCCUGGGCAUCACAGCCAUUGAACUAGCGGAACUGCAGCCACCCCUCUUUGACGUGCACCCCCUCAGAGUUCUCUUCCUCAUGACCAAGAGUGGCUACCAGCCUCCCCGGCUAAAGGAGAAAAGCAAAUGGUCGGCUGCCUUCCACAACUUUGUCAAGGUCACCCUCACCAAGAGCCCCAAGAAACGACCCAGCGCCACCAAGAUGCUCAGUCAUCAAAUGGUGUCCCAGCCUGGGCUGAACAGAGGCCUGAUCCUAGAUCUUCUUGACAAACUGAGAAAUCCUGGGAAGGGGACCCCCAUCAGUGAGAUUGAAGAUGAGGAGCCCGAGCAUCCCCCGGCCAUCCCUCGGAGGAUCAGAUCCACCCACCGAGCCAGCUCCCUGGGGAUCCCUGAUGCAGACUGCUAUCGACGGCACAUGGAGUUCCGGAAGCUCAGAGGAAUGGAGUCCAGAACUCCCGCUGAAACUGUUCACGUCCAGCCCCCUGAGGACCUCCGGAGUAGCAGUCCGAGGAGGCCACCACCUGAGUCCGACGAUGACGAUGACUAUGACGACGUGGACAUCCCAGCUCCUGCAGAGGACAAGCCUCCUCCACUGCCCCCCAAGCCCAAGCUGCGUUCUCCAUCAGACGAAGGGCCCAUGGGCACUGGGGGUGAAGGGCAGCUGAGCCCAGGGGUGCUGGUCAGGUGUGCCAGUGGCCCUCCUCCCCGAACCCCUAAUCGUGGGCCUCCCCAAGCCACCCGAAGCCCCCACCUCACUGCCUAUUCAGAACCCUCACUCUGGAACCCAGCCCUCCAGGAGCCUGACCAGCCCCCAUCAUUGCCCCCCAAAAAAGAAAAGAUGAGAAGAAAGGGAUGUGCCCUUCUCGUAAAAUUAUUCAACGGCUGCCCCCUCCGGAUCCACAGCACGGCUGCCUGGACACACCCGUCCACCAAGGAGCAGCACCUGCUCUUGGGGGCAGAAGAAGGCAUUUUCAUCUUGAAUCGGAAUGAGCAGGAGGCCACGCUGGAGAUGCUCUUUCCUAGCCGGACUACCUGGGUGUACUCCAUCAACAACGUCCUCAUGUCUCUCUCAGGAAAGACCCCCCACCUGUAUUCUCAUAGCAUCCUGGGCCUGCUGGAAAGGAAAGAGACCAGAGCAGGAAACCCCAUGGCUCACAUUAGCCCUCACCGGCUGCUGGCAAGGAAGAACAUAGUCUCCACCAAGAUCCAGGACACCAAAGGCUGCCGGGCAUGCUGUGUGGCAGAGGGCGUGAGCUCCGGGGGCCCCUUCCUGUGCGGGGCGUUGGAGACCUCCGUGGUCCUGCUUCAGUGGUACCAGCCCAUGAACAAGUUCCUGCUGGUCCGGCAGGUGCUGUUCCCGCUGCCAACGCCGCUCCCCGUGUUCGCGCUACUGACCGGGCCGGGCUCCGAGCUGCCCGCGGUGUGCAUCGGCGUAAGCCCCGGGCGCUCCGGCAAGUCGGUGCUCUUCCACACCGUACGCUUCGGCGCGUUGUCCUGCUGGCUGGGCGAGAUGAGCACGGAGCACCAGGGGCCAGUCCAGGUGACCCAGGUGGAUGAAGACAAGGUGAUGGUGUUGAUGGAUGGGUCUUUGAAGCUGGUGACCCCUGAGGGGGCCCCAGUCCGGGAGCUUCGGACUCCAGAGAUCCCCAUGACAGAAGCGGUGGAGGCUGUGGCUAUGGUCAGGGGGCGGCUGCAGGCCUUCUGGAAGCAUGGUGUGCAGGUGUGGGCACCAGGCUGUGACCAGCUGCUACAGGAGCUGAGAGACCCAACCCUCACCUUCCGUCUACUUGGCUCUCCCAGGCCUGUGGUGGUGGAGACACGCCCAGCAGAUGAUCCUACGGCUCCCAGCAACCUCUACAUCCAGGAAUGAGGUGUGAGGAACCAGUCCCAGACCUUCUCCUCCACCACACAUACACUAGUGGUCACCACAUGCCCUCAUCUCCUAAUAAACAUGACUUUACUCUC